AUGGCAAGAGGAUCAGGGGAGAUAGAUCACACAGGGAACUUGAUGCCUUCCUUGACCAUCUCCUCACCUACAAGAUCACAGCUUACAACACUAGCAUCAACGAGGAAGGCGCUAAGUGUUGGAGGGCUCAUCACACCUAUCUUGUGUGCUGCUGGAGAGUUGGAUGGGAGGUUCCAAUUCAAGUUCACACAUCCAUUGGUUGGACCCUCCAAGCUUCUCCUGCCCAACCCAGAGCUCACCACAGUAGUCAGGGGUGAGAACAUUGACUUCAGACCCCCUGUGUACACAUUAGUUGGGCAUGAGGAUGAUUUGCGAGAAGAGGAGCCUGAGCUCGAUCGAGCUGAGGUCGAGCUGAGUCUCGAGCUGAGGAUCAGUCCAGGAAGUGCGGAUUUGGGUGAGCCUGAGUGCUAUUACUUUGAGGAGUAUGAGGCUCCAAGGAUGAACCCCUCUGUUGUGGCUGCCCACAAGAGGAUUGGACUUCUCCAAAAGUUCAACAAAUGGCAAGGGAAAGGCCAUGGAAAGAUGCAAAAGUCCAUGGACAAGAUGGUGAGCAAGAUCAAAAGUUUGGAGAAGAAGGUUUCUGGUUCUUCAAGCAAGAAGAAGAAGGUCCAGGCCCCACAUUCCCUAGGAGUAGAUCACUUCCUCACCACUCCAAGGAGGCUCCCUGCCCAAGAGCCUCACAGAGCCUCUUCUUUCGAGCCAAGGGAAGGAGAAGACAACACGCAGAGAAGGAGGAAGACUUCCAAGGCCAGACGCUCCAGCUCGACCACCGGACUCGAUCGAGUCCAAACAGAGGAAACUCAACUCGAUCGAGCUGAGGGUCGAGUUGACCUGGAGGAGCCCCUGUUUGAGAUCCGGAUUCGAGUACGAUCCAACGCCUUACCAGGAGACCCUCAGUAG